UUCUCAGUUGAGCAAUGGGGAAUUCAACGGGCUGCACCGUGGACGACCUGCAGGCUGUUGAAAUGCAUCUGUGGUAUAAGAAGUUCAUGACUGAGUGUCCAUCUGGUCAGCUCACGCUGCAUGAGUUCAAACAGUUCUUCGGCCUCAGAGGUCUGGAUCAUGAGGCCAAUGCCUACAUCGAGCAGAUGUUCCGCACUUUUGACAUGAACAAGGACGGUUACAUAGACUUCAUGGAGUAUGUGGCCGCUCUCAGUCUUGUAAUGAGAGGCAAGAUGGAGCACAAACUGCGCUGGUAUUUCAGACUUUAUGAUGUUGAUGGCAACGGCUGCAUAGACCGACACGAGCUCCUCAAUAUUAUAAAGGCCAUCCGUGCCAUCAAUGGAAGUGAGUCGCAGGAAUCGAGUGCUGAGGAGUUCACAAACCGAGUGUUUGAUAGGAUCGACAUCAAUGGAGACGGGGAGCUGUCACUGGAGGAGUUUGUAGCAGGGGCACGUAGUGAUGAAGAAUUUAUGGAGGUGAUGAUGAAGAGUUUAGACCUUUCGCACAUUGUGGCCAUGAUUCAUAACCGGAGACACAGCGUCUAAGAGACAGUCCACAUUCAUAUAUUCCAUGUACGGUUCUCCCUUAGAGUCUCUUGAUAAGAAAACAAGAGCAACAACUCGACGGUCUAACUCUGAAAGCACUUUAAAGUACAGUCACUUCAAACAGAACUAAAGGGGUCAAGAAACAAGAAACUAAACUGGUUUGGGACGUCCCAUAUCUAAUAAACUGACUGUUUCCCAAAAACAGCCUUCUUGCUAAGCAGAAAGAGGCUUCAUGGGAAAAGAAUCAGUAUGAUGUGAACAUCCAUUUAUAGU